AUGUCAACUACGCUGAGCUCAGUCGUGGUUCUCUCGGAGGGCCCAGUGGUCGUGGCUUGCUUUCAUGGGAGUAGUGAUAUCCGUGUUGCUGCUAGCGUGGCAGCGGAGGAGUUCUCGAAGGACUUCACAAUGGACGAUAUCCUACAACUUCGUGAGGCUAUUGGCAUUACUGGGGUGGAAGAUGAUGUAGAAAAUCGGCUGAAGGCCGCAAUGAAGUUUGCUAACGAGUUGUUGUUCCCUGCUUUGGCUGAUGUUCAACGAUGCUCUGUUCACGUCGUCAAUGAAGAUGAUUGUCGCAUUGCAGUUGUUGAAGUGCGAUACGCUAUUGCUGGCCUUGGGUUUAUGAAAGAUCGACUGAAGCUCGAUAGAGUCGUUCGCCAAGGGGAAGUGAUCGCAGCAAUCGCCGCUGAGACUGCUAGGUUACAGAAUGACGUGCGGCAGCAGAUGAAGAGAGAGGAAGCAUCUCGGACUUCUGAGUACACCCAUCUUCGGUAUGAUUAA